AUGGACGGCCAGACUCCUACGGCAGCAAUUGCUGCUGCCGCAGCAGCACUGAGCGGCGCGGAUCCUGCAACAGCGAGGAAGCAACUGGCUCUUCUUUACCAGAAGUUGCCUGUAGAUGACCGCCGUUAUGUCUCAGAAGCAGACAGAGAUGAAAUAUUUAGGCGCCUUAGGAAGGACAACCGCAUGUGUUUUGACUGCAACGCCAGAAACCCUACAUGGAUCUCUCUAACGCAUGCAGUUUACGUGUGUCUUUCGUGUUCGGGCAAGCACAGACGGCUUGGCACCCAUCUCUCCUUUGUACGCUCAACGGAAAUGGACAAAAUAUAUCCCGAGCAGCUGUUUCGAAUGGAGCUGGGGGGGAAUCGCCGAGCCCACGAGUUCCUGAGGGAGCAUGGGGCGGACCUGAACCAACCGUUGGACUAUCAGGGCAAGUUGGCAGCAAAACACCGACAGUUGAUGGACCGCCUCGUCAGCAGUGAGAUGAAAUCAAUUGGAUGGGUGGUCGGGGCUCAACAGGACAUCGCUGGAUGCAACAAGACAGCAGCUGCAGCAUCACAGCAGCAGCAGCAGCAGCAGGUGAACGAUGCGUUGCAUGGCUUCAAGCAGUCUGUACAGCAGCCCGCACAGCCUGUCCCAUCUGUUGUCCCGGCUGCACCAGUUGCUGCGGUGGCUCCCUCAACGGCUCCUUCGAUCUCCAUAGGACGCGGAAAUGUACUGGAACACUCCCUUGGGGUUGGCAUGAAGCCCACAGGGGCUGGCAGGGGCGUUAGGAGCCGUAAGCUGGAGAUGGACUUCGAUUUCGAGAAGGAAGCGGCUCUUCUGGCGGCAAAACAGAGGGCAGCAGCACAAGGGUCGCCGCACACUUCUGGAUGUUCUUCCCAGCCACCUCCACAACAGCAGACUGAAGGGCGCGGCGGCUUCAGCAGCAGCGGCAGUGAAAGUACCGGUCUUCCUAGGGCAACAACAAAUCCCACUUUCGGCAGCAGCGGGUCCGUUGGCACUGGGCAGAGUGGUUUUGUGGGGAGUGGGUACGGGUCCAGCAGCAACCCGAGUAGUGGCGCCUACGGCAGCAACAGCACGCGUUUUUCGGGUGCGAAAAGCAUAUCCUCUGCCCAGUACUUCAACGAGGAAGAGAGCUCUCCCCCAGUGGCCGCUGUGCCUGUCGACCCCUCUCGGAGGGCAAUAGGCUCGGAUGAAGUUUUUGGGCGGAGUAGCAGUGGUAGAAGAGGAUGGGAGGACCAGAGCGCUGCGCGCGUGGAGACCCUGCGCAUGCACGCGCAGCAAGGCUGGCAGCAGCUGUCUCAGGCGGGUAGUGAAGCCCUAAGCAAGGCUCGGGAGUGGCUAGCUGGUACAUAA